UCUCCAUCACCAGCGUCCCCAUCGUCACCGGCGUCUCCAUCACUGGUGUCUCCAUCACUGUCGUCUCCAUCACCAGCGUCUCCAUCACCGCUGUCUCCAUCACCG